CGCAAUCGCGCGUCCUUUUCAGUAUUUCAGUGGAUUAUUAUUAUUUCCUUACCGUUAGCAGAAGUGUGUAGUGGACUUUCUCGAUUUCAGUGCACUCGUAUGUUUUGAACCGGUCUUAGUUUUGCAAUAAACAUCAGAUGUGAUUAUCAAGUGUAUCUAUUGCAAAAUCAACAUGAGAUUGUUCAAACGACGAUGUUCCGAUCCGAAUCCUCAGAUAGAGAAUGUAUCUACUCAUUCUGAAGUUAAUAGCGACCAUGAGGAAUCUUCGAAAUCACAUUUUUCCGCAUGGGGAAGAACUUGGGAGAAGCUCACACGUGGCGAUUCUUCUGAACAAAUUUCUUCUAGCAAAGAUAGAAGAAAAUCUUGGUCCCCUCUGAAGAAAAAUCCGAAAAAUCCAACUACUUCUAGGAAUUCAGAAGAAAAAUUGGAAUCGAAAUUGUCACAGUCUGAUUUACGGAAAAUAUACGAUAUGUAUAGAAACAUGAACGACAGAACUGACAUGACUUGCAGGAGCAGAAGAAACGGCAGAUGUAUAUCGGAAAACUUGGAACUCAGCCAACAACAAUUAUUGGACUAUUUACUUCUAAUGAAACCUAAUUCUCAAGAACUUGAUAAGAUUUUCUUGCCUGACGAUCAACGGGACCACCACGACUCUAAGAGGUUGGGUAUACUUACAGAAGGAAAAAGAUCCAGAACUUCCAGAUUGAAAUCUAUUUUUACCCGAUCGUCUAGUAAAUCCGACGACGAAGGAGACAUGAAAUUACAUCCUAAAAACUCCUCUACGGAUAGUCUGACAAGCUUGAUUAAUUUUAUACUGCCCAGUAGAAGGUCAGUGUCCAAUAGUUCACCAAAAAUGUCCAAUAAAUUCAAAUCAGAUGAAAGUGGUUACGGUAGCGAUUCCACUAAAACCGCAACGAGUAUAGAUUCUCCAAUAGGCUCUAUUAAAUCGCAGAACAGCGCUGUAUCCUCAGAUCAAGGUACAAGCAACGCUGGAGCUACCAGUGAUUACUAUCAAGAUGACACAGACACAGCCGAAGAAGAUGACAUCAACGAUUUCAUUAGGAAACCGUCCAAAAAGCGUUCCAGAUCAAAAAGCCAAGAAAUCGAAUCUCAACAACGAAGAAAGUCAUUCAAAUUCAAGCGAUCCCCGACUAAGACUAACAGAGAAAAAGACAAAUUGAAAGUGUCUGUAGACGAUUUAACUAAAAAUUACUGUGAUAAAUUAAAAUUAAACAACGACAGUGCAGAUCUCCAAACUAAACGGAGACUCUGCACUGGAUAUACAGACAAGGAAUACAAAUGUGUAAGGAUGAAGUAUGGUCGAAACGAAGUACUGGGAAUCAAAGUUGAAUCAAGCCUUGCAGGAAAUUCAUCUUCAACAUACCAUGUUGUGGAAAUUUUGCCAAAUUCUGUUGCUAAAAGGAAUGGAAUUUUGCAAGUUGGCGAUGAAAUAAUCAAAGUUAAUGGCAUUUCCGUAAAAGGCUGUUCAAUAAAUUUAAUAAAAACUUACUUGGAAUCGAAAUCUGGAGAACUGGAUUUGUUAAUCUCCCGAUCGCGUGUGCCGUAUCCAACUAAAUCAAAUCCUGUCAAACCAAGUCAAAAACGGAAAGUUUCCGCCAGUCCAGAGAGAAAAUCAACUCUUAGACGACCAUUAUUCAGCAUUAAGAAGGAUGUCACUAAAAUAGAGAUACCCGAAGUUAAGAAAACUAGAAAGUACAUCAUUACUUCGCCCAUAAGUGUGCCAAACGUCCCAAAAAAAUAUGUCGGUUUAUCAGACAUUUUGGAUAAACCCGCAGUUGAAACGCAAGUGACGUUCAGUGAGAAACCUCGAACAGACGACGAUGAGAUUUUUAAAAAACCCGCCGUUCCCGUUCUGGAUGCAAGGAAAUCGCAACAGGACAACCAACAAACGACGGGCUUUAUAAAAAAAUUUUCAGUUUCACCGGAUUUACACGGAAGAAAAGGGAGUUUCAACGAAGAAACUUGCUCUACAUACGACAAAUCCAAAUAUAAAAUUGCCGAGUUUCACAAAGGACCCGGCUGCAAAUCUCUAGGAUUUUCUAUCGUGGGAGGAAGGGAUACUCCAAGGGGGCCGAUGGGUGUGUAUGUUAAAACGAUAUUUGAACGUGGACAAGCCGCAGAUUCCGGGAUAAUCAAAGAAGGGGACGAAAUUGUUUCAGUUAAUAACAUUUCUUUUCGUGGAUUAUCUCAUCGCGAGGCUGUGCAGUUUUUUAAAAGUAUUAAAUGCGGCAAAGUUGUGGUGGUGCUAUCCCCGCGUCAUAAAUCCGUUUCCGGUUCUUUGUAAUCUAUUGUAAUUUGUGCCUGUUACUUUAUUUACAAUUCCAACAGCAGCUUAUUUAUAGAUAGCUAACACAAAUUACACUGUUUAAAACUGGGCUUAAUUUUCGUUGCUUUCUAAUUGUUUCUAACAUUGGUAUUUUGGUAUACUUACCCGUUUCUUAAUUUUUUUAUUUUUUGUGAGAAUUUUGCUCUUGUUCUUUCUUUUCCAUUCUGACAAACUAUUUCUAUGCGUUUUUCUAUCGAGAUUAUACGAAAUUUGACGAUAUUUCUAUUUUACAUGACAGCAGCCAAUUUGCUAACACAAAAUUUGUCUGAAGCUGCUGUCGGUGUAACAAUGAAAGUAAAAAAUCUAAGACUGACUUAAUUUGAUAAAUCGAAAUAUUAAAAAUAAAAAAUCGAUUAAUUUAAUUAAUAAUUUCGCGUUAACUUAAUUUAAUGUGUUCAUGUUCAUACGAAAAUGUUUCAAAAAAAUCGUUACAAUUAACUUUAGACUUUAAUUUGUAUAUUGAAAGAUUUAUUUCUGAAUACGUGGUGCUAUGGCAACUAAACGACUUGGUACAAAAUGUACAAAAAAUUGUAUGUUGACAAUUUAUCGUUUGUAAUCUUAGGUAAGAAUUUGUUCAUUAAAUUUACAUAAUAUAAAAAAAUAAAAACUACUAA